CAGGAGUCAAGCAAACUGCUCUUUAGUCCCUAUUUUGGAUUUCCUUCUUGAAGAAGAUUACACCUAAAACUUCAGCUAACAAUUAUUGUUCUGAGAUCUUUUUCCUCAAAGAACUAUUUUGUCACUGGUUAUUGCUGCACAGUUUCUGAAAUAAAGUAGAAGAAUGAUUGCACUAUUUUAUUUCUCCUUCUUAAGUUAUGGCUUUUCAAUGUUUUCUGGAGUACACGGCUGGUCUUAUUUCUACUCUUCAGUCAACAUGACUUAUCAAGAGGCAAGAAAUUAUUGUAAAACUCAUUAUACAGAUUUGGUGGCAAUUCAAAACCAAGAGGAAAUCAAGUAUCUGAACGAGAUUCUUCCUUUCAAUCGUGCAUACUACUGGAUCGGCAUCCGUAAGAUCAACAACCAGUGGACUUGGGUGGGAACCAACAAAAAGCUUACCAAAGAGGCAGAAAACUGGGCCAGCAAUGAACCCAACAACAAGAGGAAGGAUGAGGACUGUGUUGAGAUGUAUGUUGGAAGAAAAGCAGAUGCUGGAAAAUGGAAUGAUGCAUCCUGUAAAAACCGAAAAGUUGCUUUGUGUUACACAGCUGCGUGCAAUGCUACCUCUUGCAGUGGUCAUGGAGAAUGUAUUGAAACAAUAAAUAAUUAUACAUGCAAGUGUAAUGAAGGUUUUUAUGGAGAGGAGUGUGAUAAAGUUGUAACCUGUGAACCUUUGGAACAACCCGAUAAAGGAUCAUUUAAUUGCUUUGCUCCUAAUGGCAACUUUAACUAUGGGACAUCUUGUGAGUUUAGCUGCCAGGAAGGUUACGAUACGGACUCUGAUAGCACAAUCCACUGUACUGUUUCUGGAUGGUCUUCAAGUGCCCCUCAAUGCAAUGUGAUAAAUUGUUAUAAUUUGAAAACUCCAGAUCAUGGAUCCAUGAGAUGCAGUGGCCCCUUUGGUGAAUCUUUGUAUAACUCCAGUUGUGAGUUUUCCUGUGAUGAAGGAUUUGAGCUUGUUGGGAAUAAUAAACUCCAGUGUAUGGGAAACUCUGAAUGGAAUGGUGUGGUACCACAGUGUACAGCUGUCAAGUGCCAAGCAAUAAAUAACAUUGACCAAGGAACAGUUACCUGCAGCCUUACUAGUGGGGACUUCACAUAUAAAUCAAGUUGUCAUUUCAAAUGUUCCAAAGGAUUUGCUUUGAUUGGAUCAGAAAGCGUCCAAUGCACAGCACAAGGAGAGUGGACAAAUGAAAUUCCUCACUGUGAAGUUAUUCAAUGUGAGCGUCCAGUUGAACCACAAUAUGGAUUAAUCAGCUGUUCUAAUGCAGAAGACAAUCUACCAGAAAACUCUACAUGCGAUUUUAGUUGUGUUAAAGGCUUUGCAUUGGUUGGGUCGCCCUCUCUACUUUGUAUUGCUCCUGGACAGUGGACAGAAGAAGCACCAAUAUGUAAAGCUGUGUCAUGCCCAGAUCUUACAAACCCUGAACAAGCUACGAUGGACUGCGAAGAUGAUUUUGGAAGAUUUAAAUAUAACUCAAAUUGCUCUUUCCAGUGCAAUGAAGGUUUUAUCUUAAUUGGAACUGAGUCACUGCAGUGUUCCUCAUCUGAGUCUUGGAGCGCCAUAGUACCUGAAUGUCAAGCUAUUCAGUGUCGGUCUUUAAAUGCCCCAGAAAAUGGCAAUAUCAAUUGCCAAGGCAAAUCAACUUACAACUCGAGAUGUUCCGUUACUUGUGCAGAAGGGUUCAAUUUAAUUGGAGCGUCAGAGCUCACUUGUGCCUCCUCUGGAGAGUGGACAUCUGAUAUCCCCGAAUGUGAAGCUGUACAAUGUCCAUCUUUGAAAGCCCCAGAAAAUGGAUAUAUCGAUUGCCAAGGAAAAUUAUUUUACAACUCCAAAUGUUCCUUUACUUGUGCAGAAGGGUUCAAGUUAAUCGGAGCAUCAGAGCUCAACUGUGAAGCCUCUGGAGAGUGGACAUCUUUUGCACCAACAUGUGAAGCUGUUCAGUGUCCAUCUUUAAAUGCCCCACAAAAUGGACUCAUCGAUUGCCAAGGAAAACCAUUUUACAACUCAAGAUGUUCUGUUACUUGCGCAGAAGGCUUUAAUUUAAUUGGAGCGUCAGAGCUCACUUGUGCCUUCUCUGGAGAGUGGACAUCGGAUAUCCCCAUAUGUGAAGCUGUACAAUGUCCAUCUUUGAAAGCCCCAGAAAAUGGAUAUAUUGAUUGCCAAGAAAAAUCAUUUUACAACUCCAAAUGUUCCUUCACUUGUGCAGAAGGGUUCAAGUUAAUCGGAAGAUCAGAGCUCAACUGUGAAGCCUCUGGAGAGUGGACAUCUUCUGGGCCAACAUGUGAAGCUGUUCAGUGUCCGUCUUUAAAAGCCCCAGAAAAUGGAUAUAUCGAUUGCCAAGGAAAAUCAUUUUACAACUCCAAAUGUUCCUUUACUUGUGCAGAAGGGUUCAAGUUAUUCGGAACAUCAGAGCUCAACUGUGAAUCGUCUGGAGAGUGGACAUCUUCUGCGCCAAAAUGUGAAGCUGUUCAGUGUCCAUCUUUAAAUGCCCCAGAAAAUGGACAUAUUGAUUGCCAGGGAAAAUCAUCUUACAACUCCAGGUGUUCUUUUACUUGUGCAGAAGGGUUCAAGUUAAUGGGUGCAUCGGAGCUCACUUGUGCGUCUUCUGGAGAGUGGACCUCUUCUGCACCAACAUGUGAAGCUGUGCAAUGUGGAACUCUUCCUAUUCCAGACAUGGGCAUAAUGAACUGUACUAAUGUUCUUGGAGACUUCAAAUUUGGCACUGUGUGUAAAUUUGAUUGCAAAGAUGAAUGGCUUCUAAAUGGAUCAAAUACUUUAGAGUGCAGCAGUGAUGGCAAAUGGAGCGCUACUAUUCCCACUUGUGAAGGUCCCAAAGUUCCUGAUGAUCCCACUUUGAAGAUUACUGUAGGAGCUGUAGCCACUGGUGCAUCUGUCUUGUCUACUGCUUCCUUACUAGCCUGGCUUGUUAAACGUCUUCGGAAAUCAGCAAAGAAAUUUACUCCUUCCAGUAGCUGCCAAACUCUUGAAAAUGCUGGCAUUUACCAGAACGCAGAAGACGUAAUUAUCACCACUACACAUUUCAAAACUGUUGAUUGCAAUAGUUACCUCAACUAUAGAAGCAAUCAUUAUAAUUCAUGGCUCAACAACAUCCCAUAUGGACAGUUUAAGAGGAUACACAGAAACUGUAGCCAUAUUGAGGAUUUUGAACAACAAAGUACUAUCCUAAAGGCCAGAUUUAGGGAAAAAGGCUACCCCCAACAAAUAAUUGAUACUGGGUACGAACGGGCUAAAUUCGACAACAGAGAUUCUUAUUUCGAACUAAAGAGUACUAACAAAAACAUUAGGAAUAACAAGAUAACAGAUCAACCCAACCCAAUGUUCAUUACCCAAUUUAACGUCAACCAUACUAAGAUUAAACGUUUUUCAAUGUUUUCUGGAGUACACGGCUGGUCUUAUUUCUACUCUUCAGUCAACAUGACUUAUCAAGAGGCAAGAAAUUAUUGUAAAACUCAUUAUACAGAUUUGGUGGCAAUUCAAAACCAAGAGGAAAUUAAGUAUCUGAAUGAGAUUCUUCCUUUCAACCGUGCAUACUACUGGAUCGGCAUCCGUAAGAUCAACAACCAGUGGACUUGGGUGGGAACCAACAAAAUGCUUACCAAAGAAGCAAAAAACUGGGCCACUGGCGAACCCAACAACAAGAGGAAGGAUGAGGACUGUGUUGAGAUGUAUGUUGGAAGAAAAGCAGAUGCUGGAAAAUGGAAUGAUGAAUCCUGUAAUAACCGAAAAGUUGCUUUGUGUUACACAGCUGCGUGCAAUGCUACCUCUUGCAGUGGUCAUGGAGAAUGUAUUGAAACAAUAAAUAAUUAUACAUGCAAGUGUAAUGAAGGUUUUUAUGGAGAGGAGUGUGAUAAAGUUGUAACCUGUGAACCUUUGGAACAACCCGAUAAAGGAUCAUUUAAUUGCUUUGCUCCUAAUGGCAACUUCAAUUACGGGACAUCUUGUGAGUUUAGCUGCCAGGAAGGGUACGAUAUGGACUCUGAUAGCACAAUCCACUGCACUGUUUCUGGAUGGUCUUCAAGUGCCCCUCAAUGCAAUGUGAUAAAUUGCUAUAAUUUGAAAACUCCAGAUCAUGGAUCCAUGAGAUGCAGUGGCCCCUUUGGUGAAUCUUUGUAUAACUCCAGCUGUGAGUUUUCCUGUGAUGAAGGAUUUGAGCUUGUUGGGAAUAAUAAACUCCAGUGUAUGGGAAACUCUGAAUGGAAUGGUGUGGUACCACAGUGUACAGCUGUCAAGUGCCAAGCAAUAAAUAACAUUGACCAAGGAACAGUUACCUGCAGCCUUACUAAUGGGGACUUCACAUAUAAAUCAAGUUGUCAUUUCAAUUGUCCCGAAGGAUUUGCUUUGAUUGGAUCAGAAAGCGUCCAAUGCACAGCACAAGGAGAGUGGACAAAUGAAAUUCCUCACUGUGAAGUUAUUCAAUGUGAGCGUCCAGUUGAACCACAAUAUGGAUUAAUCAGCUGUUCUAAUGCAGAAGACAAUCUACCAGAAAACGCUACCUGCAAUUUUAGUUGUGUUAAAGGCUUUGCAUUGGUUGGGUCGCCCUCUCUACAUUGUAUUGCUCCUGGACAGUGGACAGAAGAAGCACCAAUAUGUAAAGCUGUGUCAUGCCCAGAUCUUACAAACCCUGAACAAGCUACGAUGGACUGCGAAGAUGAUUUUGGAAGAUUUAAAUAUAACUCAAAUUGCUCUUUCCAGUGCAAUGAAGGUUUUGUCUUAAUUGGAACUGAGUCACUGCAGUGUUCCUCAUCUGGGUCUUGGAGCGCCAUAGUACCUGAGUGUCAAGCUGUACAAUGUCCAUCUUUGAAAGCCCCAGAAAAUGGAUAUAUCGAUUGCCAAGGAAAAUCGUUUUACAACUCCAAAUGUUCCUUUACUUGUGCAGAAGGGUUCAAGUUAAUCGGAAGAUCAGAGCUCAACUGUGAAGCCUCUGGAGAGUGGACCUCUUCUGGGCCAACAUGUGAAGCUGUUCAGUGUCCAUCUUUAAAUGCCCCAGAAAAUGGACAUAUUGAUUGCCAGGGAAAAUCAUCUUACAACUCCAGGUGUUCUUUUACUUGUGCAGAAGGGUUCAAGUUAAUGGGUGCAUCAGAGCUCACUUGUGCGUCUUCUGGAGAGUGGACCUCUUCUACACCAACAUGUAAAGCUGUGCAAUGUGGAACUCUUCCUAUUCCAGACAUGGGCAUCAUGAAUUGUACUAAUGUUCUUGGAGACUUCAAAUUUGGCACUGUGUGUAAAUUUGAUUGCAAAAGUGAAUGGCUUCUAAAUGGAUCAAAUACUUUAGAGUGCAGCAGUGAUGGCAAAUGGAGCGCUACUAUUCCCACUUGCGAAGGUCCCCAAGUUCCUGAUGAUCCCACUUUGAAGAUUACUGUAGGAGCUGUAGCCACUGGUGCAUCUGUCUUGUCUACUGCUUCCUUACUAGCCUGGCUUGUUAAACGUCUUCGGAAAUCAGCAAAGAAAUUUACUCCUUCCAGUAGCUGCCAAUCCCUUGAAGAUGCUGGCAUUUACCAGAAUGCUGAAGACGUGUGAUUUUCCAUAUUAAGGAAAGAAGAAACGGAAUGUACGUGGUACUAACCAAUGUUAUAGCUCAUUGAUUGGUCUAUGACAUCAUCAAUACCAAACACUAUAGAACCCACAUCAAAAGAACAUUUUUUCGAGAUGUUGAAUAAAAUGACUUGGUUUGUUCUAUGAACUUCCACCAACAGAACUCCCGGGCACUAAAAGGGAUUUAGGAGAAAAGAAUAUAUGGAGAUACAGGGUGUACAAAUUACAUUUUUUUUAGAACAGUUUUCAGAAAGAAAUGUCAAAAUAAAUAAAUUAUUAUACUAACUCGGCUAAACUCCAUCUUAACUAUUGGAGAUACUGGAUGGACCUUUUAGUGAAUUUUGCCUAUCAAUGCAAUGGAUUUGUAGAAUACCAUUAGCCAAUUAGCUAAUGUGUUUUUUUUUUCAAUUCUUGUUUAACUUAUUAGUUUUAUAAACUAAUACAAAGUCAAACGACAACUGUGGUACCUGUUUAAAACAGACUGUAAAAUAGGUUUAUCCCAAUGGGAUUAAAUAUACAAAAGUAUUUAUCUUUGUUUUUACCAUCUAUUGUUCUGUGCAUAAUAAGUAUUAUGCUAUUUUUUGUGUCAAUAGUAUGUAUUUAUUUGUCAUUUUAUUUAUUUUUUGUUGCUGUCAUGUAUUGAUAGUGUUAGCGUUUGUCUAUCAUGGUGUAUGUUUAGAUAGCUUCAUUAACCUUUUAAAGCCGUUAUGCCGUUCCAUUCCGUCAUAAUUAGACUGGGCUUUAAAGCCGUUAUGACGGAAUGGAACGUCAUAACUAACGGCUGUCCUGAAGCCUUCUGUGCUUCAGGGAUUUAAUCGCGGUCUGGAGGGCGUUCCUAGGAUUGUAGGGACGCCCCCCAGAUGCGAUCCAAUAAUUGAAAUCUCGCGAUCGUAUGCACGAUCGCGUAGUUUCAAUUUGUCUACAUCGGAACAGUUGUUCCGAUGUAGGCACUUUAACCCUGUCACGAAAGGGUUAAAUGCAUUUUUUAUUGCAGUUGUAUUUUAAAAAUAUGUAUUUAUUGCACUGUGUGUUAUUAUUGAGAUUUAAUUUAUUUAUGCUUAGCAAAAUGAGUUCAUGAAAUGCACAGCCUACAUAACACUUCAAAUAGUCAAAAUUAAACGUGUGUACAUGGCGUAAAGUAAUGGCACUUUAGUGAACCAAUACUAGAUGUGAAUUGUAGCUGUGCAAGUAAUGAUAAAAAAUAAAAAAAACAUUAGAAUAUCAUAAAUGUAAAUAUAUUUCUUGUUAUUUUUAUUUUGUAAUUAUUAUUGUAUUAUUUAUUUGAUAAUUAUUUGUUUUUUAUUUAUAUUGUACACUUGUGAAAAUAUUGUAUUUAAUAAAUUGUUGUUUAUGGA